AUGGGCCUCGCCAUGGCCACGAACCUCCAAACCCACCUCCUCUCGACGACCAGCGCCUCCAACCCCCUCCACUACCACAACCGCACCCCCUCCCGCGGCGCGCCCCUCGCCGCCCUCGGCGCCGUCCCCCACCCCACCGCCUCCUCCCUCGCCGCCGCCGCCGACAUCAUCUUCCUCUCCCUCGCCGACGACGCCGCGCUGACCGCCACCCUGGACGCCAUCCUCCUCCUCCCCUCACCGGUAAGCGGUGACGACGAGCAACAAACCCUUCCCGUCGACCUCUCCCACAAAAUCGUCGUCGACACGUCGACCGUGCACCCGUCGUCUUCAUCCGCCGCGGCCGCGCGGCUGCAGGAGCGGGGCGCGGCGUACGUGGCGGCGCCCGUGUUCGGGGCCAGCCCGGUGGCGGCGAGGGGGGAGCUGCUGUUCGUGGUGGCGGGGCGGCCGGCGGCGGCGGUGGAGGCGGCGGUCGGGGCGGAGAGGCCGUGGAUGGUGGGGGUGAUGGCGAGGGCGGUGGUGGGGGUGGGCGAGGACGUGCGGAGGGCGGGGCUGGUCAAGACGGUUGGGAACUUUGUUACUGCUGGGAUGAUGGAGUUGAUUUCAGAAGCCCACGUUUUCGCUGAGAAGUCGGGCUUGGGGAGUGAAGCCAUGGAAGCGCUGUUGGAGCAACAGUACGGGCCGCUGGCGUUCAACAUGUCGAAGAGGUUGACGACUGGUGCUUAUAUGCCGCCCAAAGGAGAACGCCCAUGGUCAAGCCUCGAACUCGCCCUGAAAGAUGUCGGGCAUGGAAUCAAAUGCGCAGAAGAGGCCGGGACCAGCUUGGAAGUUGGCGAGGUGGCAUUGCGGCACUUGGAAGAAGCAAAGAAGUUCUCGGAUGCGCAAGGUCGGCCGCUUGAUUCAUCGUCCAUGUAUGGUGUGUUGAGACAACAAGCCGGUCUGCCGUUUGAGACAAAUCAGGUGCAGCAACGGGACACGGACGAUGCAUGA